CUCCUCACUCUUUCUUUCUCUUUCUCUCUUGGGGACGGGAUCACUCGUCCACCUCCAGGACUCACCUCCGACCCGUUCGCUCGAUUCUCCCUCUCCCUCUUUCUCUCCCUUCUCCUCCUCGACGAAGCUCGACGAUGCCUCCUCGACGACGGUCUACGAGUCGGCCGAGUCGCGCGAUGCCGUAACACGUACGGCGGAACGCUGCUUUUACUUACCUCACAGGUGUGAAUGAAGCUUUAAGCGGAACCAGUCACGCUUCACGAUUCUCGAGCGCUCCUCCUCGUCCUCGUCGUCCUCGUCCUCUCUCUCUUCGCGAACCGUGCAUCGUGCCAUCGUCCUGUUAUCCUGCCGAGCAUAAGGACGGCCGCGCGCGCGCGUCCUCGCUCUACGCGAGAUCGGAGGAUCGCUGUUCGUCCUCUGGAUGCACGGAGAAUUAACGGUGACGUCUACGACAGCGAUGGAUCGCACGCAAUGGCGGCACCGGCAGUCGACAGAUGAAACUCGGCGAAAAAGGCCGCAGUUCUUGCGUUACAAGAAAAGAGUUCUCUCGGAAGAGAGGAACGAAGAGUGAAGGGUAGGAGAGGAAUAAGAGAGAAAGAAAAAGCAAGAAAGAAAGAAAGAGAGACGAAAAGAAAGAAAGAGAGAGAAAGAGAGAGAGAGAGGUGGUUUUUAAGAAGUGGAAGGAGAAGAAACGGAAGGAGAAGGAAACUAAACGCGAACGGGCUAUUACAUACAGAAGCGAUCGUUUCCGAUCUCGAAAAUAAUGGGUUGAACCCUCGCGUCGUUAAAUUCGCAAGAAAAAAAGAGAAAGGAAGAGAGAGAGAGAGAGAGAGAGAGAGAGAGAGAGAGAGAGACGGAGCGAGAGAAAACUAGAGGCUCGUUCAUCGACCAAGAGGAUGAUGAUCGCGACAAAAUGGUCCCGAGCGAAGAUGAUGCCGAGCGUCGUAAAAAGCGUCCCUAGCAACGUCGUUUUAUGGAUCUAUGCGAUAUAAAAAAAUAUAUAUAAUAUAUACGUAGAUCUAUACGAGUAAAUAAUUGCAUAUGUAUAUAUAUGUAUAUAUAUACAUAUAUGUAUAUAUAUAUAUAUAUGCAUAUGCAUACAUAUUCUUAUGGACAUACAACGAGAGAGAGAGAGAGAAAGAGAGAGAAGAGAGAAAAAGAGAGAAAGAGAGAGAGGAAUCCCUCAUCGUUUUUGAAUAAUGUGAUGUGUUGGUGACAAGUGUGGAUUUUUUCGUUUUGUUUUUGAUUUUCCUGUUAAACAAACCUCACUGUGAUCACAGAGAUCAUUAACACGUACAAAAUAAAAAAUAAAAAAAGAAAUAUCGUAGGAGAUCAUAUCGAGUCGGUAAAGUAUAUCGAAGGUAACUCCUGCAGAAAUCCGCUCUGGUGUGAUUCUCCGAACGGAGCGAUUUCUUUAUUUAUUUAUUUCUUUCAUUCUUUUCCGAACGAACGAAGGAACGUGCGCGCUCGACUUCCUCGGAUCCUCUUCGAUAUAUAUCUUCGUUGAUCUAUCGAGAAUGUUCAUCGAACUUCGUCGUCCCUAUCCACGAUUUCGAUUUUGAUACGAUUUUUCGUUACGUUUUAUUUUUUUGUUUGUUUUUUUUUCGGCCUUUUUUUGCUCGCUCGCGUAUUCGGGAGGGUUUUACGAGGACAACAAGACGAGACGAAGUCGAAUCAUCUACGAUUCAAUGACCGGAGGGGUCUUAAAUUUCCAUCUGGACGAUAUGAAGAGGAGAAUCGAACGAAGAAGAGAGAAGGAUUGUCAGGAGUUGCAUACUUUGAGAUCGUUUUUCGAAGAGGAUACGAAGUCCUGUCGUCUUUGGUAAAGUGUUCCUUUCCUAGAAAAGGAAUAAGUAUACUGAAAAGAAGAGAAAACAGAAGAAGUAAAUGGGAAAGAGAGAGACUAGAACGUAAACGUUGACGUACGAGAUAAGUCGAGGAUAAAAAGAAAGGAAAAGAAAGAGAGAGAGAGAGAGAGAGAGAGAGAGAGAGAGAGAGAGAAAGAGAGAAAAAGAGAGCGAGAGAGAAAGAAAGAAAGAGAGAAAGAAAGAAAAAGUCGCUAUAGUCUUUGUCGAGAGUGCCGCGAGAACGCGAAUGGUGAGCGACGUGCCCGUUAGCGAGGUGCACCAUCGCCGGGCAACAUCAUCAGUUUCCUUCGUACAAUGGACGUUUUCAAAAUCGACCAGUCCCUGAGCGCGGGUCUGGGUAGCGCCCCGGCGCCGGACACGCUCACUCCGGAAGUGUCCUUCGACGCCGGUAGCGAGUUCAAUUUAAGCUUCUUCGACGGUCCAGAGGAGAACAGCACUCAAGGAUUCAGCGAUCCUGGAUCGGUUGGGAGUGCGAGUGCCUCACCACCUCCUGGUACACCAGGAACCAUCGCCGCUAAUCCACCGAACGCCGCGCUACCGAUAGUCCAGGUGCCUUCAGGCAUCGUCAUUAAGCAAGAGCAACAUUACGCGGCAGCCGAUUCCAACAGUUCGACGCCCGCUAAAAGUUUUGUACCUUGUAAAGUUUGCGGUGACAAGGCGAGCGGUUAUCACUACGGUGUUACUAGCUGCGAGGGGUGCAAGGGAUUCUUCAGAAGAAGCAUACAAAAGCAGAUAGAAUACAGGUGCCUGAGGGACGGCAAGUGUCUAGUGAUCAGAUUAAAUCGGAAUCGCUGCCAGUAUUGCAGAUUCAAGAAGUGCCUAGCUGUCGGCAUGUCCAGGGAUUCUGUCAGAUACGGCAGAGUGCCGAAACGUUCGCGAGAACGAGGCCCUGAAGAUUCCGUACCUACGACCACGACGACGACCACAUCGACGACUACAACUGGCGUGCAACAGCUCACGUCUUCCGCUGGCACUGGCAAUAACAACAAUAACAAUAACAAUAAUAAUAACAACAACAAUAACAACACAAGCAGUCAAAAUAAUAACAAUAAUAAUAAUAACAAUAACGGACAAGGAGGCAACGCCAUGCCAAGAAUACCUCCAUCAGCGGUCGCUGAAGCUGAUCAAUCCGACACGGACGUUAAGCAGUUGGCAGUCUACGAUGUUAUCCUUCAAGUGUCGCAAGCGCAUCACGCGCAUUGCGGUUUUACUGAGGAAUCCACGAGGGGUCUUAUACGAAAGCCCAUGAUAAUACCGGCGAGUGAUUCUUCGCAGCCGGCCAGCCCAGAAGAUCCAGAGGCGGCCUCCUCAACUGCGGAGACCGUUGAAUCGCAGAGAAUCUGGCUGUGGCAACAGUUCGCUACUAGAGUCACACCGUCGGUACAGAGGGUGGUAGAAUUUGCCAAGAGGGUUCCAGGAUUCUGUGAUCUCUCGCAGGACGAUCAACUCAUUCUUAUAAAGGUUGGCUUCUUCGAGGUCUGGCUUAGUCACAUUUCCAAGAUGACCACCGAUAGCUCGAUGACCUUCGAGGAUGGUACUUAUAUCACCAGGCAACAAAUGGAACUCAUGUAUGAGCCCGACUUCGUGGCCGCCUUGAUGCAAUUCACAUCAUCUUUAAACGCUCAUCAGCUGACAGACGCCGAAUUAGGUCUCUUUUCGGGUGCAGUGCUUCUCGGAGAAAGGGCUGGUCUUAACGACGUUAAAGCGGUCCAGAGGCUUCAGGAUCGUCUUUUGGAAGCUCUCAGAGUGCAAACUUCAAGAAAUCACAAUGGCACAGGUGGAGAAGCAGCCUCGGCGUCUGGCUGUGCCAGCAUAUCUGGAGUUUCUCAGAGGAUACCGGAACUCAGGGCGCUUGGUGCAAGGCACGCAAAUCUUUUAGAUUGGUUUAGGAGAAAUUGGACGAAGCUGAAGCUGCCACCUCUCUUCGCCGAGAUCUUCGACAUUCCCAAGUGCGAGGAAGACCUGCAAUGAAGAGGAUGCGUAUCGAAACGGCACGGGCAUAUGAUUCCUGCCGGGAUAAAUCUAACUUUCCAGCGCUCAUCGCACAAAUAGAAAAUUCAGGAAACGUUCUCGAUUUCGCUGGUAGACGACAAUGACGUAUCGUUGGUACGAUGUGAGAUGCGAUCGAAGGGCUCAUCGAUUUUCCGCAUCUCAAUAGAUGGACCAGACCAUCUUUGGAAAGGAUCCUCCUGGUCUUUUCUUUUUAACGGAGGGUACGGAUUAGCAAUAAAAGCAAAACCAUUCUCGGUGUGGGCCAUAUAUGAGAAUGGAAAAUAUUCGUGUCGCUUUAUCGCGAUGGAUACAUAUAUAUCGGAACAAAUAUAAUGUAUAUAUAAAUCGCAUUUUAUUCGUGAUUUUAUGGGAGUCGUUUCGAUGGCGAGAAAGGCGUUUUAAAGUGGAAGUACAAGCAAUACAUAUACAAAGUUAUAUGCUAAAUUCGUGUAACGCUUUGUUACGUCGCUGAGAAAUGAUAAGAUGAAGAAGGAAAGAGAUCGUUUGAAUUCAAAGUAUAAAAAAAGUUGUACCUUUGACGAUACAUAUUGUAAUGACUCGAUAUUUCGCCCUUGGGAGCGCAAUUAAAUACUCAAUAUGUCGGUAUGAUAUUUCGCGUUAAAGUUAUUAUCGUGUAUGCCAUCGUCGCAAUAAGUGAUUCGAAAGUUUGUACGUUUUUGCAUUCGACAUGCGAGGAAAGCACAAAAAAAAAAAGAUAAUGCAAUCAAGUCCGCGGGUAAGCUUUCGGAGUCCGAUCGGUGUUCUUCUCGAAGUUUUAAGAAUUUUAGCGUAUAAUAAGGACUUUGAAAGUUUUGACGACAAAGGGGAACGUUAGACCUUAAGGAUAACGAAAUAUCGCGAUAUUAGUACAUAUUUGUAAAUUAUUCCGCGAAACACCGGCGAACGAAACACCAAAUUCAUAGACAUAUCGAAGAUGGAAUCAUAAAAUCGUCUAAAAAAAAUUUCUCUACGUUUUCUUGAUUAACCUUUUGUCUUUAAAGAUUUCAAAGUGACGUGUGUAACUAGACGGUAAUAUAAAUGUUUGUAUGGAAGUACGCUAAAGUACGAAAUACUCCAUUUCAACAGCCCCAUAAGCGCAAGUAUGAAUUAUCCUAAAAGAAUGAAUUCAUAUUAGACGCAAAGAAUGAAUGAAUCUCACGUUAUAAGACUCGAAAGGAUAUUCUAUAUAGGGCGUACCACUCAAGGUAAUCUGCUACGAAUCUCAAUCUAUGCAAUCUCUAUUUUUAUUACUUGACAAGUAGAAUAGUGUGAAUUAUCUUUAUAUAUAUAUAAUAUAUAUAUAUAUAUGUAUGUAUGUAUAUAUUCUAUAUAUAUAUGUGUAUAUAU